AUGGCUUCGGUGACCUCGGACGCCUUCCCCACAGAGACUGAGAAGGAACUGAUCUCGCAGCUUCAAGAUCACUUUAAAGCCGAGUUCAGCGAGCGGGAGAAGAAAGGACAGCUGUACCAACCUCUAUUUGGAGAACUGGCUCUUACGCGGAUCUUGCGACAGAACAGACUUGAUGUGGACGCAUCAGGUGAAUGGAUUCGUUCCUUCUUCAGUGUAUUCGAAGAGCUGGAUGGUGAUACUGUUUUUCCCGAAAUGAUGCAAAAAAUGGAUUGCAUUGAGAAGGAGCAGCGCUUGGUGCGCACAGAGGACUUGCCUGGAGUCAAGGAACUUCAUGGUUUCGUUUCCUUGAUCUACAACCAUGAGCAGUUGACCAAGACCGGGGACCCCUUGAGUUUCUAUCCGCUGGGCGAGCUCAAUAAACAGAAGAUCAUGACCAGGGGAGUCUUUCAACGCUAUGAGCGAUUUGUGCUUCAUGGCUGGCUCUUACGGGCCAUCGAGCUGGAUCGUAUGAGCCGAAAGCAGCAGCGCCUUUGCCGUGUUGUGAACAUCAUCGAUGUGACAGGUUGUACGCUGUCGAAGGUCAUUUGCAAAGCCUUCGACCAGCGAGCAGAGAAGAUGAUGCAGAGAUUGGAGAAACUAGUUCCAGAUCUCACGGCUGGAAACUGGGUGAUCAAUGCCCCGUGGAUCAUGCAGAAGAUUUUCCCCUGGGCAAAGCGAACUCUGAAGAUCAAGGUUGACAAUUGGUUUCUUUGCAACGGUGAUGGCGAGCAGGAUCCGGACUUGCUGACCCUGGUGGAUGUUGCACAACUUCGGGAGCUGGGGGCUUUCAGAUACAAGGCCAAGGAAGAGAAUGAGCAACUUGAUGCGGACUUUCACUACAUAAAGCGCGGCCAGGUCCUCGAAAAAGCGUUAGAGGUUCAGAGUGGGAACCGAGUAUGGUGGAAAUUUGUAGUCUUGCCUGGGGGCCUUUUAUUGCCACCACCAGAAGUGCAAUUUGGCGUGGUGGGAGUUUGGGACAUCCCCGAUGAGGCACCUGUCAGCUCUGAGAGCUCGAGCCGAGCCCGUUGCAGACCCAAGCGAGAAGCUGCGCAGGAAAGGCCAUCUGCCAUGAUCGUAGAAGAUGGGGGCACCUUGGAUCUUGUAACCGGAGACUUCGAAGAUGACGACUCCGACUAUGAAGGUUUGAGAGAAGAGGAGCUUCGCCAUUUCAGCUUGUGGAAGGCUGUGGACGGUGAACAUCAGGGUGAAGUGUUCGUACCAAAGUCAGGCCUGGUGGUCCUUCGGUGGAGCAAUGAGUUCAACAUUCUCCGCGGCAAGCGCAUUCAGUUUGAAGUUGGAAUAGUGGAGGCGCCACAAGCAUCAACAACCACCUGA